UGAUGUAGUGAAUGUAAAUAAUGUGAAAUAAGGUAUGCUCAUGAGAUGACUGUUUUUUCUGUCUCUAUAAUUAAACAAUUUAUAUGUGACUAUUAAAUAUGAAUUUAAAAGAAGCUUAAAUUUCACAAAAACUGCUUCUAUUUGUUUUUCAAUAUUAGCUGUUAAAUACAAUAUAACGUAAAACAAAGAAGAAAAAUUAAUAAACAUUGAUAGACUGAUAUAGCCCUUCAAAGGAUUUUUUUUUUCUCCCCAUCAAAUGAAAGUGACAGUUCGCGUUCGUCUAUAAUAGAUGUUAUUUUAUUGUCCAGUUUUGAAUAGUGUUCGCCUGAAGUGUAUAAUUAUAUUUUUUAGUUUUUGCAAAUGUCCGAAAUGAAAUUAUAGUAAUUGCUCAAUUUAAUUUUACUCUCGUGUUUUUUUUUUUUUUUUUUUCAUUUACAAGAUGGAACUACCAAGAAAAUUAAUUAACUUUCAAAAUUCUCUUAAUUUUUUAAAGCUGUUUCGUCGAACUUGUAGGUUUGAUGCUAAUGGUUAUGGUGAUGAUAAGAUUGUAAAAGAAGAAAAUAAAAAAAAACGAAAAUUGAGUGUUACAAAAAAAUAUUUUCCUAAAGAUUCAAGAGAUUCACCAAUAAUUGUAGAAGCCAAAGAGGCAUCCACUGUAGUUAAAAACUUAAACUUAGAAUUUAAAAUGCUAUAUGGGCCUCUUCAAUCACCAAAAAGCAGUAACACCAUUAAAAAGAUUCUUGAAAAUAAUAGCACUAUAAUUCAAAAUCAAACAGUUUUUCCAAUUUUGGAUCCUAAAGGUGACUCUAAGUCAGCCCAGACUGUAGAUAUAGAUGCCAACAAAGAUAGUAAUGAAUUUGACUUUCAUCAAACCUUAUUAAAGUUCCCCCUUUUGAAUGAACAGUCUCGUGCUCUAAGCUCUGAUAUAGAAAUAAGUGAAAUCAAUUUACUGAGAAAAAUAUUAGAAGAAAAAAGCAAAACUUAUGUACCUAGUGUUUCUAGAAUUCUUGAAAAAACUAUGCCGCAAGAACAGGCAGAAAUUUUAAGACGUUGGAAAGAAAAUAUGAUUAAGCAACUAGGUGAAGAAGGAUUUCAAAAAUAUCAGGAAGAAAUCCUGUUAAAGGGCCAAACUCUUCAUACUUGUAUAAAUAAUUACUUAGCAUCAGUUCCUAGAUCUGAAGUAGAGAUAGAAAAAGCCAUCGCUGGUCACUGGGAAAGUUUAAAAGGAAUAUUUCCAUCUAUUAAUGAUAUCAAACUUCUAGAAGAAAGAAUCACUCAUCCAUUUUUGCGAUACAAAGGAGUUGUAGACUGCUUUGCUCGAUACAAGAACAACUUAGUUGUGAUAGAUUGGAAAACAUCAAAGAAAAAGAAACUUACUCUUUCAAGCACAUUUGAUAAUCCUCUACAAAUUGCUGCCUAUGUUGGAGCUCUAAAUUUUGAUCCUAAAUAUCAAUAUUUGGCAAACAAAGGCUUGAUUGUUGUAGCUUAUGAAGAUGGAAGCAGAGCAUCUGCCCAUUUUAUGGAUGAAAAUGUUUUGAUGCGCUAUUGGAAGGAAUGGUUAGCUCGUGUAAAGUUGUAUUGGGAAUUAACAGAAAAGGAAGAGAGUCAACAAAGUUAGCAGUUUUUUUAUGUGUAACAGCACAACAAAGAGCUUUGUCAAUAGAUUAUUAUUUUAUUUUAAUUAUCAUUGAGAAAUACCAUCAUGCUCAAUAAAUGUUCGCUUUUAAUUCUAUGUUGAAGA